CACGACCGUUAUCGAGAAGAUGCGUGGGCAGACACUUCAUUUUGCCUCGUUCCAGGGGCGCUACAUUGCUCGAUCCGAGGUCUUCGUGAAAGGUUUCUCGCAUGACGGACGUCCUGACCAGCCGCGAGCUCUUGCUCGUCAUGGUCCAGUUCCAGCCAGGUGUGUGCUACCAACUCAAGCCCUUCCUGGAUGCCUUCAACCAAAUCUCCGAUUCCCACAUGAGCUCCACACGCCAUGCCGAGCUGCUCUUUGCCCAUAACAUUACGUUGCCCCAUGUAACCAUGAUUCGACUGCACAGCGAAAUCCGACAAGCCAAAGCUGUGAUGGCCCUCCAGCAAUCCAGACUCCUCCUAGAAGCAUUCGAUAUCCAUGGCGCACCGUUUUUCAAUCGUUUGCUUCGGUGCCUACCACAAAUGCUGGACGCAAAGUUCCUACAACUCGCCGUCGACACAGGAAUCCUCGGCAUUAUUCAGUUCUACCACCGACAUUUACCCGAGUUCUUCUCUCCAGCUCUCAUGGAUAGUGCUGCAUCCCGCGGCGACCUACGUGUGCUAAGGUUUCUGCAUGCCCAUCGAAACGAAGGCUGCACGACGAAAGCAAUGGAUCAAGCUGCUGCCCACCGCCACUUGUUUACGCUAAAGUGGCUCCAUGCGAACUGCUCGGAGGGAUGCACUGUCGACGCGAUGAAUCAUGCCGCGCAGCACGGCUUUCUCUCUAUCGUGCAAUGGCUUCAUCAAAAUCGAAAGGAAGGGUGUACGACGUACGCCAUGGACGAGGCCGCGCGGGCAGGACACUUGCAGGUUGUACAAUGGCUGCACGAGCAUCGGACGGAGGGCUGCACGACUGCCGCCAUGAACGGCGCCGCGCAAUGCGGCCAUCUGGACAUUGUAAAGUGGCUGCAUACGAAUCGAACAGAAGGUUGCACCGCAGAUGCGAUGGACCGUGCGUGCGAGUCUGGCCACUUGGCUGUGGUGCGAUUUCUCGGGGACGUAAGGCGGGCGCCGUCGACUCCGUACUCCAUGGCUGCUGCAAUUCGAAAUGGGCACGUGGCCAUCGUCAAAUAUUUGCACGAAGUUAGGGGCGAACCGCUGCAAGUUCAGAGCCUCUGCAAUGUCGACAUGCAGGAAUACCUGCGACAACACUCGACCGUCGCAGGUGCCGAGCCAGCGUGAUGCUGCUCUGCGUCGGACCUCUCUCGAACGGAUGGGCACGAUGCCAUUCCAAGAACGUAUUUAACACGGGUUGUUGCUCGCGAGCGCUUAGAAGCGUCCAUGCUCGGCACCUAUUCCAAUCGAGAUUGGACAACCGCCAUCUUCAAUAGAUGGUCAUCCAAAGUGCUCAGUCGGCAUCUUUUGCAAUGCUGACCCUGCGCAGAUGGCAAGGGCGGCAGCGAAAAGCCACUUCAAUUCAAUCGCCUCGUGUGUAUGAUGUGGUAGGAUUCUCGAUGCCGCAGCGCAGGGUGGCGACGGCAUAACUGGGCCGCACGCGUGGCAUGCAUGUGCCAAUCGCCAUGGAGACUCGCCCAGCCGUCGGUGUCGAGCCUGCCUUGCACCGCCAUGAACGAG